CCGGCGCGAAGAAGAAAACCCCUGGUCCCAAAAAAAGCGAAAAAAUCGAGUGAAGCGCGAAGCUCUCUCGCGCCACCGAAAUGGCGCCAACUCUCCCGCCUUGUCUCUCUUCCCCCGCCCGCCGCGCCUAUUUCCUCACCGCGUCCUGGGCUCCCAGCCUCAAACCCUAGCUGCCCCAUCCUAUCCUAUCCCCCGCACCGAGGUCCAGAUCUCACCCUCCUUGCCUCACCACCCAUGGCCGCCACCGGCUCCGACGCCACCUCCUCCGUCCCUCACCCCGUCGCCGUCGCACCCCCGGAAACCUCCGAUGCGGCGGCGGCGGCGCUGCUGCGCGUGGAGAAGAAGAAGGCGCGGGGGAGCUACAACUGCGGCCGGUGCGGGAUGCCCAAGAAGGGCCACGUCUGCCCCAUUCCGGGACCCCCCGCCGCCGGGUCCGCUCUCCCGCCGAGGCGCGCGCUCUCCUUCGACGAGGAGCCGCCGCUGCUAGCGGUCCCGCUGGCGUCCGCUUCCCCGGCCCUGGCCCUGCCGCGCCCGCCGGAGAAGAAGAAGGCGCGGGUGGACGUGGCCGUGGUGGACCUGGACGACGGGGCGUCGUCGGAUCCGGAGCCCGCGUGGGAGCGGUGGGUGGACGUCGGUCUCGGACCGCGGCGGCGGGUGGCUGGGGAGGUGCUCGUGGAGGUGCUCAGGCGGCUGCCUCCGAGGGCCGUUGCGGCGGCUGCCGGGGUCAGCCGCGGGUGGCGGGACUCUGCGCGCAGGGUCUGGCGGGCUGCAGAGGAGAUCCGCCUCCGCGCCGCCGGCGUCGGCCCCGUCGGCGCGCUCCUGCCCCGGUGCCCCGCUCUGACAAGGCUCGUGCUCCGCAUGGAGAGUGAUGUUGAUGCCACAAUGCUUGCAUGCCUUGCAUUUUCCUGCCCAAACUUACAAUCUCUGGAGAUAAGCAUGGCUGAUAGUGCAGUCAACCGGAUGACUGGGGGUGAGCUAGCUAGGUUUGUUUCAGAGAAGAGAUCUCUCUCAGUUCUCAAAGUAGAUCGGUGCUCUAGUCUUGAUUUUCUUAAUAUAAGCUCCCCAAGCCUUUCAACUCUUUGGCUAUCAGAUCUAUCUUCCCUUACAAAAUCUGUCAUAAACUGUCCUAAUUUGAAAGAACUCUCACUGGAUUUUGCACAACAAAAUAAUGAUUCAACUGAUCUGAUUAGUCUGAUGGAUAGUCUAGGCCAUACUUGCCCAGAUUUGAGAAACCUGCACAUCUCUUCAGUUCACUUAUGCAAUGAAGUGGUGUUUGCUCUUGAGACUGCUAACCUCAGGGGGCUGUGCAUGCUGUCGUUGCUUCUAGGUAAAAAAAUAACAGAUGCAGCUGUUGCAUCUAUAGUUCGUUCUUAUGCAAGCCUGGAGUUGCUUGAUUUAAGUGGGUCUAAUAUCACUGAUAAUGCACUUGGGAUGAUCAGCAAGACAUUCCCUAAUACUCUGACUCGGCUCCUCCUUGCCAUGUGCCUAAAUAUUACCUCAUGCGGGGUCCAGAUGGUAGCAGCACAGCUGCCCCUUCUUCAGCUCCUGGACUGUGGCAAGAGCUUAUGUGCUAACACGCAGCCCGAGGCAAAGAGGUCAUCAUACUUUGGUGAUCUCAGCGGAGGGAUUAGGUUUUGCUCGAAACCACAGGCUGUGCGGAAGCAGCAACCUACUGGCCAAAAACUGAUUAUAAAGCACACCAAUCUGAGAAAGCUAAGUCUUUGGGGCUGUUCAGCGAUAGAUGCUCUGUAUGUAAAUUGUCCAGAGCUGAAUGAUCUGAACCUCAACUCUUGCACAAAUCUCAAUCCAGAACGGCUGCUUCUUCAGUGUCCGAACUUGAAAGAUGUUCAUGUCUCUGGAUGCCGCGACAUGUUGAUUGGAGCAAUCAGAAACCAGGUUCUCAAUGAGUUCGCCAUGGCUGAGCCUCGCUUACCUUGCAAGCGCCUUGCUGACGGCUCGAAGCGGGUGCAAGUCCCUCACUUCAUGCUAGAACAGCUGCUUGAGGAUGAGAAAUCAGGCGGUGGGGCGUGUCGUAUCCAGUGUGCCGUUCAUCUGAACUGAGGCAAGCAGUCACUUGCAGAGGAAUGUAGCCCUUUGAAUUUGGGGGCAGGAAAGGCAGAUCAGCUAGGCUGUACUGUUGUAGACUGUGUUGAGACUUGAGAUUUUCUUCUUCACUGGUUGGUGGUUUUUACCUGAAUUUGUUGUAAAAUGUACUAUCAACAUUCCUUGGUUUCCUGUAAUCUUCUGUUUCGUCCCUGCCGAAUUCUUUCGGACAAUAACAGCAUUAUGGUGUACUCUCUGAAUUCUUGAUUCUUACAGGAAAAUAAUGACUUAUUUAUGGAUUA